AGCAAGGCUGUGGAUUGAACUACAUUUGCUGUUUUUUUUAUCUAAAGGAAAAAUACGUGGGAAUUAAAGAAGUCAAUGCAAACGUUUCCUCGGAAGGCGAUGGGCUGGUGCGCAGGUGAGCCAACGUGAGAACAAUUCCCCCCAAAAGGAACCGCUUCGGUCCGCUCGCACAUGGGAACCGUGUCACCAAACCUUCCCCUCAUUUGAACAGUUUGAGGACGGACUGCGACAUGUCUAGAGACAGCAUGACGGAUGUACGAGGAGCCCAUUCACACAGUGCGAGCCCAGCUUCACCUAAGGAGAAUGGACACGCAGUUCAGUCCAACUUUCCCCAUCCCUCAGCGGGGGACAUACCCGAGGAUACCCCGGUGUCCUCCACCAGCGAGCUGACCCAGACCUGGGUCCACUUUGCUAAAACGUUUGUUCUUAUUUUCCCCAUUUAUGCUCUGGGUUAUUUUGAGUUCAGUUUCAGCUGGCUGUUGAUUGGACUUGCUAUCUUUUUCUGGUGGAGGAGAAACACAGGAGGGAAACACAGCAGGCUGAACCGAGCUCUUGCCUUCUUUGAGCAAGAGGAGAGAAGUGUGAAGCACAGUCUGACCAUCUCUGAUUUACCACCAUGGGUCCACUUCCCCGAUGUGGAGCGAGUGGAGUGGCUAAACAAGACAGUGAAACAAAUGUGGCCCUACAUCUGCAAGUUUGUGGAGAAACUUUUCCAUGAGACAAUUGAGCCUGCGGUGAAGGAGUCCCACGCCCACCUCAGCACUUUCUGCUUCAGCAAGAUCGACAUCGGAGACAAACCCCUCAGGGUCAACGGGGUCAAGGUUUAUACAGAAAACGUGGAUAAGAGGCAGAUCAUCAUGGACCUGCAGAUCAGCUUUGUUGGCAACACAGAGAUUGAUGUAGACAUCAAACGCUACUACUGCAAAGCUGGCAUUAAGAGCAUCCAGAUCCACGGCGUGUUGAGAGUGGUGAUGGAGCCGUUGCUGGGUGAUAUGCCUCUCAUUGGAGCUCUGUCUGUUUUCUUCCUCAAGAAACCACUGCUGGAUAUAAACUGGACCGGCCUCACCAAUAUUCUUGACAUUCCUGGGCUCAAUGGCUUCUCUGACAGCUUGAUUCAAGACAUCAUUCACAGCUACCUGGUUUUACCCAAUCGUAUCACCAUCCCACUGGUCGGAGAUGUGGAACUGGCCAACCUACGCUUCCCCAUGCCAAAGGGAGUCCUGAGAAUUCACUUUUUGGAGGCUCAGGAUCUGGAAGGGAAGGAUAAAUUCCUAGGGGGACUGAUCAAGGGCAAAUCUGACCCUUAUGGCAUCCUGCAGAUCGGCAACCAGUUGUUCCAGAGCAAGACGGUCAAAGAGAGCCUUCACCCUAAAUGGAACGAGGUUUAUGAGGCGUUGGUGUACGAGCAGUCUGGUCAGCACCUCGAGAUCGAGCUGUUUGAUGAGGAUCCAGACAAAGAUGAUUUCCUGGGAAGCCUGAUGAUCGAUAUGACUGAGCUGCACAAAGAACAGAAAGUUGACGAGUGGUUUGACCUCGAGGAAACUCCCACAGGGAAACUCCACUUGAAGCUGGAGUGGCUAUCUCUACUCUCCACACCUGAGAAGUUGGACCAGGUGCUGCGAAGUGUGCGUGCAGACAGAAGCCUGGCCAAUGACGGCUUAUCGUCAGCGCUCUUUGUGGUCUAUCUGGACUCAGCAAAGAACCUUCCAAGCAACCUGUCAGAUUUCACCUAUGACGGGUUGAAGCAAGUCUCAGUCUUUAAGGCCCUGAAGUCUGCAAAGAAGAGCAGCAGCGAGCCCAGCCCUUAUGUCCAGAUGACUGUUGGACACAAAACACAAGAGAGCAAGAUCCGGUAUAAGACCAAGGAACCUCUGUGGGAAGAUUGCUUCUCAUUCCUUGUUCACAACCCCAGGAGGCAGGAGCUGGAGGUGGAGGUAAAAGAUGAUAAGCACAAAUGCACCCUGGGCAAUUUGACGGUGCCUUUGAGCAGCCUGUUGGAGGAGGAGGACAUGACGCUGACUCAGUGCUUUCCUCUCAAAAACUCCGGGCCCAGCUCCACCAUCAAACUCAAGAUGGCCCUGAGGAUACUGUCACUGGAAAAACAGGUAUCCUCGGACCAGCCCUCUUCUGUGCGGGUCAGGAAGUCUAGCAUGCCGCAACCAAACACGAUCCCCUCCCUCAGACUGUCAGCCUCAGACUCCCCCAUACCUCCUCCUACGCCUCCCCCACCCAUAGAUGCUUCCACCCUCACCCUCCCACGUGACGGCGAGCCGUACUCAGCCAGCCCUCUACGCAGUGUCUCCAACCUGAGCACCUGCAUGUCCAGCUCCCAGAAACACCUGCCUCACAAGGAAUCCACGCCCAGCCUGGCCUCGGAUAUCUCCUUGCCGUUCGCUACUCUGGAGCUUCAACAGCGACUCCGUCAGCUGCAGAAUGGCUCGGCCCCCAGCCAGUUCCCCCUGGGUGAGGUCCAGCUGACUGUUCGACACAGCGCCCAGAGGAAUAAACUCAUCGUGGUGGUGCAUGCCUGCCGUAACUUGAUAGCCUUCACCAAAGACGGAUCAGAUCCCUUCAUCCGCCUCUAUUUGCUGCCUGACAAGAGCAGGACGGGGAGGAGAAAGACGGGCACCAUGAAGAGGACGCUUAACCCUGUUUUUGAUCAAACGUUUGAGUUUAGUGUAUCUAUGGUGGAGCUCCACAGGAGAACUCUGGAUGUAGCAGUAAAGAACGGAGGGAGCAUUCUUUCCAAACACAAAGGGCUUUUAGGAAAGGUUAUGGUAGAUUUAAGUGGGGAAGAUAUAUCCAAAGGAUGGACACAAUGGUAUGAUCUGAGUGAAGAUGGCUGGUCUUCUCAAAGCUUAAGAAAUAUACCAGAUCCUCUGCUCACAUAGUGGAGCCACCUCCCUGCUGUUAAUAUUGCAAUCUUGUUAAUAUAAGGGCACAUCAUUUUGUUGUAUUCAUGUACAUUUUUCAUAUAGUUUACAGGAGUUAUUUCAGCAUGCAAGAAGUUUUUCAAACUUUUCUUAUCAUUAUUUUAUUAUGAUCCAGAAUGGAGGAUAUUGUAAUGCUCUAAAACACAAUGACUGCCUUGUCUCUCCCUGUCUUCUCUGUUUUAUGUAAAUACAAAGUUGAUAUGAUAUAGUUAAACUAAUUUACAGAGGCUUUCAUGGCUUUAUGAUUCUUUACGGGAAACCAUUUUAAAAUCUUUCAAAAUUGUUAUUGCUUUUUGUUUAAUUUGUUAAAAUGUGACAAAUUCUGAAGUGUCAUCUGAAAACUAUUACCAAAGGAAUGUUGAAGUAAACAAAAACAGGCAGAAGUAGCAGUCUAUACUUUGGUAUUUUUGUCAUGCAGUGUUAUCUGAUUGUUUACCUCUGAUUCUUAUCAUGCUUGAUUACCUACAUGGAAUGCAUAAGUUAUUUGUCUGUAUACUUUAAGAAGACUUUGUGCAAUAUUUUGUUCUGAUUGUUGUCUCAGACAUGAACAUGAGGGCAUUUUAGAACUAUGAACAAGUGCUGUACAAUAAAAACAGCUAAGGAUACUUGAAUAAGGGUUUAAAUGUUAUAAAAAUUAAAUGCAAGUCAAAUUAACUAAAUAAUAUGUGCAGAGACUUCAUAUAUUGCAUUUUAUGAGCAGGGCUGCCAGAAUGUGUUUUGAAGAUAUCAGCUGAAUCUUGUAGAUGUUUUGUUCCUGUCAUGCAGUCAUAACUAUCUGUUGGAGCGAUUAAAUACUUUUGUUAUCUCUCCUGUGCCUUAAAAAAGCUAUGUAAUUUUUUGCCUUGUCAAUGUUAUUUUUUGAAUGAUAUGAUGCCUCAAGGGUUUUGAAGA